AAUCCGUAAUUUCGCCUUGCAGUUUUCGCGAUCGUGUUCGCUGCGUCUGGUGAUCGAAUUGCGUUGUGAAUCAUCAAGAUCGUUCGCUGUGCUCCGUUUUGGAGGAAUCGACGAGACGAACCAACGAUUCCUCACCAGCUCUCGGCGAGUUAUCGGCGAUCCUCGGACGUUCCCUGCACCACGUGAGUUCCUCGCGCGGACCGGACUUGUCGCGAUCGCUGUAGCGUGAUCGAGAGAAAAUGGCUGCCGCCGCGGCUGCCGCGCUGCUCGACGAGCUUAUGGGCAGAAACAGGAAUGUCCUGCCCAACGAGAAACCCAAGGAGCUCAAUUGGGAAGAUCCCGAGUUUUGCAAGCUAUAUCUGGUGAAGUUCUGUCCCCAUGACUUGUUCGUUAAUACUAGGGCGGACUUGGGUGCAUGCCCCAAGGUACACGAUGAUGAGGCCAGGGAGCUGUUUGAAAAGGCGCCACAUUCGUAUCGUAAACAGCAAUACGAGGAUGAGUUUAUCAGGUAUUGUCAGAGUAUGUUAAACGAAGUGGAGAGAAAAAUCAUAAAGGGGAAGCAGCGAUUGGCACUGAUUGGGAGAACAGAAGCACCAACCUUAACUCCAGCCCAGACCCAAAGAAACGAAGAGCAGAUUGCUUUACUAACAGAGAAGAUCAACAAGCUGGUGGAGGAAGCUGAGCAAAGUGGAAUUCAGGGCAACGUGGAGCAAGCACAGGGCCUGAUGCGUCUAUGUGAUCAGUUAAAGGAGGAACGCGAAACUCUGAGAAAAUCUAACGACAACAGUCAUUACAAUCAAACUGCUGAAUUGGCGGCCGCACAGGAGAAACAGAUGGAGGUGUGCGAUGUAUGUGGUGCGUUCCUUAUCGUGGGUGAUGCACAGCAGCGGAUUGAUGAUCAUUUAAUGGGAAAGCAGCACGUAGGCUAUGCUAGACUGAAGAGUGCUCUUCAAGAGAUUAUGGGCAAGCGCGAGAAAGCGCGCGAUGAGAAAGAACAGAGGCGAGAAGAGGAACGGAAGCAAAGGGCGCGAGCGAAUGAGGAGCUCGACAGACGGCGGAGAGACGGCGACAGAGAUAGAGAUCGUGACAGAGAGAGGGACAAGCGUCGCAGGCGAAUGGACGACGACAAAAACCGUUAUGAUUUGGGUGGUCACAGAAAUUCCGGACAUAGAAGUAGAAGUAGAUCACGAGACAAACAUCAUCGGGACGAAGACAGCCACCGUCGUCACGGUCGAGAUAAAGGAGGCCGCGAUCAUCGUAAUUCCAGUCAUCAUAAUCGUCGCCGUCACCGCUCGCGUAGUCGAAGUCACAAGUAACUUCUCUUGAUUGGUUAGUGAGUGAGAAGUAAGCCAGGUAUGCACCAAACAAUAUAACCAUAUUCGUCUCAAUUACUGUACAGGUACUCUAUCGAUCCAGGUGAGUUGCCAUUCCGAUGCACAUAAUACAUAUACAUGAUAAUAUAAUCUGUGAUGUUUGAAGCGCCGCGUAAGUCACACAGCAAGUUCGUCUCUCUCUGAAACACACUCUGUCUCUCUCCGUCUCUCUCUGUCUGAUCUCCCAGAAUAGUCAUGAAUGAACGCUUCAGAAAAUUUGAGAAGUAAUAGAUUGUGAUUCUUUUAUUUUCUUUAACAUUAAAAACUUAAUAAUGGUGCAGUCAAGUAUGUAGAGUAGACAAUGGUAAAAUCUGCAGAUUAUAAACAAGUAUACUUAUCAUAGUAUAUAUAUUGUUGUACAUAUUAUACAAAGAAGUGAAAUACUUUAUUGUAAUAGUAAUUUAAUAAGCUUUUAUAAAUUUUGAAGAUUGAGAAAAUUAAAAUUGUGUUUUUGUCAAAUUUAUUUAGAAAUAUUCAACAAUAGUUAAGCUAUUGUUGCAAUUCCAAUUUCUUGAAAAAAAUCAAGACACACUAACCUAAUUUUUUUCUUAAAUUUUUCUAAAUUUUUAAAAAUACAUUUAAAACGUUUAUAUUAAAAAACUCUUAUAACAAUAUAAAAUUACACUGCUCUGGAAAUAACUAUUAGAAUUUUUAGAAAGUAAAUUUUAAACUUCUUUGGUAUCAUGCUCAAUUUAUUUGUGGAGCAAGCUGGGAGGAGGUAUACCUAUGCUUGCUUUCAUUGUUUAAUAAUUCUGUAUCCGAGCAGCAAGAGAGUAUAAGUCCAAGAAUUCAUUUUUUUCCAGGAGAAACCCGCAAAGGUCUAUGGAAUUAUGGAUAUGCACUUUCAAGAUGAAAUGAAUGUGAAUAAAUGCAAUCAGGUUGACACUCAUCCAAUAUAAUAGAUUCAUACUGUUUAUUAAAAAUAAAACAAAUUGUUUCUAUUCAAACAGCGUUUUCUCUUUAUUGUAAGUUAGUUUUUAUUGCAUUUUGUUUUUCAGAUUGAAUUCAGACUUUACUCUUCAAGAAUUUGCCUUGCUUUUCCAUGUAACUUAUAAAUGACUUGUAUUUCUCUCGUUAUGGUGUUAUUUAAAAAAAAAGAAACGGCAGUAAAAAGCCAAUAAUUUGGACUUGAUCCUUUUCUCGCUUCUUGGGCACAAGGUUAUCUAUCUCUGUAGGUUUGUUAAUGCCAUAAUCUUGGUUCGCGCAUCAUUAAAAGAGAGAAAGUGAGAGAGAAAGAGAAAGAGAGAGAGAAAGAGAAAAAGAUUUAGUGGUUUAGUGUAGAGGGGACACAACUCUCAGUGCCCGCUUCAUAGAGCUUCGUCCACGACUGCAAAUGCACGAGUGCACAACUACGAGUGCGCCCUGCAAACGUGUGACUGUGACUAUACGAACCUCUAGCUUCUGCCACGCAAUUGACGAGGUAUUUAUGCCGGAAUGAUAAUAUCAACACAUGUCUUUCUGCCAGGAGAAAAUUAUCCCUUUGUUUUCGUGUACUUUUGGAUUCUUGGCCUAGCAAAGGAUUUAACAACUUUCGAUAUAGAAGCUCCAAUUUUAGACAAUACAGGAAUUCUCAAAUCGCCGGUGUAUAGGUCCGUACAUAUAUUAUUGCAAGACUGGCAUUAGUAUGCCGCUACGUUUUUACAUAUCACGAAACACAAUAUACUUAAACGAGAGUGUUAUAUUCUUAGCGAAAGCCAUCGAUAUAAAAUGAAGUAUAGGUAAUUAUAACAGAGAGAAUUUACCUAUAAAAGACAUAAUUUAUUUUAAAAGUUACGUUUAAGAAAGAGUUGAUAUUCAAUUAUUUAGAUGUUUUGUGAAUGACGUUUUUUAUGCCAUCUCCCCAGACAAUGAAAGUUAACCCAAAAAUUUGUAUUUCGAUGUUUCGGUCGAUCGAGAUCAAUUUGUAAUCCCUUAAUGAGGACCUCGUGCGCUUGUUAAACAAACACACAGUCGACAGAGGGACAGGAUUUUACCAACAAGACUAUUAUUAAACAAUAUUUGCCUAUUACAUUGUAUCUCUCGGUACCAAUGACACCUUUGCUAAAAUUUGGAUCGUCUACUUUCAGGAAGAAGAGAAAAACAAAGAAGAUCGAGUGACUUCUCGGGAAUUCGUCCAAGACAUCCUCUAACAUAUUGUUAAGGUAAAGAUUUUACAUAAUCUUAACAAUAAGAGUGAGAAAUAAAGAGGGGGAAGACAGACGAAGAAAAUAUUUGCGUCGAGAUCAGGGAUACACCAGAAUCUAUAUAAUUCGUGUUCCGAGCAAUUGUUACUUUAGGCCACUUAUAUAUAAACAGAAUGAUCAGCAAGGUAAAUUGUAUGAUACAAUUGUAUAAUACAAUUUGUAUUUGCUGUACCGCGUUAUAAUAAUAAUUACAAUUAUAAUAAUUAUAAUAAUAGUAA